AUCAUUUUCUCGUUCAUUUCAUUUUUGUUCUAAUCUCGAGCUAGAUUCAUCUUUAUACUUUAUUCCACCCCUCCUUUAUUUAAAUCCACAUUAACAAUGUCCGCAAUCGUCCACGACUACUGCCCGGUGUAUGCGCCCAUCUUUGGCUCCCUGGCUGCGCUGCCGCGACCAUUUUCUGCUGUAAGUAUCAUCGGUAUCUACGGUCUUGUUGUCUCCGUCCUCAUCACCGACGGACUGAAGCAGCAGAUGGCUCUUUACACUGGGUUCAUUCAAUUGGGUGCUGGCCUCGCCGUUGGACUCUCUGGUAUGGCGGCUGGAUUUGCCAUUGGCAUUGUCGGGGACUCUGGCGUACGUGCAACGGCUCAGCAGCCUCGUUUGUUUGUGGGUAUGAUUUUGAUUUUGAUUUUCGCUGAGGUGUUGGCCCUGUACGGUCUUAUUGUUGGGCUUAUUUUGAACACCAAGGCGACGGGAAGCGAUGUUAGCUGCGGAAACUAAAGGAGCUGAAGGAAUAGCAGAUUUUUGUCUAGUUUUUACUUUCUUUUUUUGGGUGUGUUUAGUUUUUGAGUACAUGUCCAUUUUCAUUUUCA